UCACGUAGCAACGUCUGGAUGGUGACAACAUGAGCUGCGACUUCGUGUGACAAUGCAUAACUCCCCUCUUUUCCAGUACCUGCAUGAUCUAGGGCACACAGACUUUGAGGCAUGUCCGACGGCAUCACAGGAGGACGAAGAUGGCGGACAAGAGGGAGACUUCACCUCUCCAGACGAAGAUCCACAGAGAACUUCAGGAGGACGCUUGUGGAGGCUGGCUGAAGCCUUGUGGAGAUGGAGUCCGAUUCACCAGGCGGCUGCAUCUCGUAAGCUGGGCCAGCAGCUGGACUCUGUGUUCGGCCAGUACUCGGUGAAGUGCAUUCUGGACCAGGACGUGCUGCUGCAGGAGGAUGUGGAGCUGAUUGAGCUGUUGGACCCGAGUCUUCUCACCCUCGGCUCAUCCGCCUCUGGAUCGUCCGGCCGAGCGAGCACCCUGCCCAGACCGAGCCUCAUAGCCAGGCCCUCUCUAUGGGACAUGGCCGGGCUGGUUGGACUGGCUUCAGUGCUGCUGGGUCUCUGCUCGAUAUCCGGUGGUCUUUGGUCGCUGGCCGCCGCCCCGUGGGGCCUGGCGCUGCUGGGCUGGGUGGGGCUGAGGGGCGUCACGCUGUGGAGACAGGGCCACAUGGAGAGAGCCGUCCACACACGGGCCACGCAGCUGCAGACUCUGGUCCACAACAGCAAGACUCUGACUGGGCUGUCUCGCAAAGCCCUGCGCCUGGUGCAGGAGACAGAGGUCAUCUCCAGAGGGUUCACCCUUUUGCUCGACAGGGUGAGUGCGGCCAGCUCCUUUAGCAGGGCGGGGCCGGGGGCGGUGCCACGAGGCCAGCAGCUGAUCGGACUGAGGAAGGCCCUGUACCGCGCGCUCCGCACCGCCUUCAGAGCGUCACGCAGAGCCACCUGUCACAUGCUCAAGGCGUUCCCUUUGAACUCUGAGAUCGAUAACGUGACCAACUACGUGUCUGCGGUGCCUCUGAAGGAGCUAGGUCUCGGCCUGGGGAUCGAGCACCUGGGUGACGAGCAGGCUCAGGAGCUGACGGACGACUACAGCCUUCCCGCCCUGAAGAUGCUGUUCCAGCUGUGGGUGGGCCAAAGCUCUGAAUGUUUCCGUCGACUGGCUCUCCUCCUGUCGCCCCGAAGAAUAGAGGAGCCAGAAGAGGGCGCACCCAAAGCGGAGACAUCUUCUCCUCCUCCUCCUCCUCCUCCUCCUCCCCUGCUGCACCGCUCCAUCGCCGCAGUGACCGAGCCCCUCCAUCACGCUCUGUCCAGCUGCCUGUGCGAGGUGCAGCGCAGCUACGACUUCCACCGACACUUUGAGACUCAGCUGAGGAUUACGGGCUCGGACAAGACCGGCAGAGCCAGGGAGAAAUGCAGAGAGCUCAACACCUUGCACACCUCCAUCCGAAGCCUGCAGCUGCACCUCAAAGCCCUGCUCAGCGAGAUGAUCAUCCUGGAGGACGACCUGGAGAAACUGAUGGUGGCCAAAGAGCCGGCAGAGCUGACGUACGAGGGCUACCAGGACCUCAGUGACCGGCUGCACCAGCUGCAGCCUCACAUGCAGGCCAGCACGGGCUGCUGGGAGGACACCAUCUGCCAGGUGGAGCGCAUGCUGAGACGAGUCAACGCCUGCCCAGGCAACGCUGAGGGUCUGGAGCAGUGUGGUCCUCCUCUACCUGAGAUUCCUGCUCCUCCUCCAUCCUACCCGCUCAUCCUGGACAGAGACCCUGUCCCUGAAGAGCUGGAGUGGGAGGCCUACGUGUCCGACUCAGACUCCGACGGUGAAGGCAGAGGCUCUUGGUCCGACAUCUUGUCACCGGAGGAACGCGAGCGGCAGCGCCGGGAGAGGGAGGAGUCCCGCCGCGUCCUGUCAGAGCUCAAAGCUGUGUUAGGCUUCCGUGCGUCCGAGGGGGAGAGGAUGAAGAGGAAGCAGCUGCUCUUCAACGACCAAGCUGCGGUGACGCCUUCAGCUCGCGCUGAGAGUUCAGAUCCUGCCGCGACGCCGUCGGAUGCUCCGGCCUCUCUGGGUCCAGCAGAAAGUGGCGAUGAAGAAGGAAACCACUUAUCAGAGCGCCCUGCAGGAAACGCAGCAGAGGAAGCAGAAGGAAAAGACGGCAGGGUGACGCCUGACCCCUCCGCGGAGCCGGUGACGGAGUUCAGCUGCGGCUCAGAGGAGAAAGAUGGUGAUCAUGGAGGAACUUCGGUGUGCACGAGAGGAGGAGGAGGAGCGUCAGAGCUGCAUCAAUAUGACGGCGUCCUGGAGGAGGGCGAGGGCCAGAACGGUCUGGACUGCUUCCUGAAGCCUAAAGUCCCCGCCGUCUCCGUGAUGGACAGACUGACGGAGAUCCACGGCUCCGAGGCCCUCAGCUUCAGCUCCGCCAUCGCCGCUCAGGUGGCGGCACGCUCACACUCGCUCAUCGCCAUGGAGGAGCAGACGUUCGGAGAUGAUGAGGAGGAAGAUGAUGAAGAGGAGAUCGACAGACGAACCCCAGAGAAGGACUUAAAUUAAAAACCCCGCUGCUUUAACGGAGCGCUGAGCAGAGACUGUAUUUAUGUCUGUUUAUCGAUGGGUCUGUGUCACAUCUGUUUCUGCUGUGGAGGCCUCUCUGUCCCCCAUCCGUCCAUUUCGCCCUACAUUACCCACAAUUCUUUCUGCUCUUUUGCUGUUAAACUCAGGUACCAGAACCACUACAACAAAUACGACCUUCCAGUGUUUUAAGGUCAGGAGACCAGAAUGUCUGCAGUUCACGUGGCGACGUCCAUAUGGUGUAUACUGCUGAGCAGGUGUGGAAACAAAGAUUGUAAGAUCAGCUUCAUACUUUAAAACAGAUGUGUAACAGAAGAAAAUGCUAUUUUCAUCAAAACACUACAAUCUGAGUUACUGUCAGGAGCUUUUUUUUAGUUGAAAGGUUGAGAUCAGCCUUCUGAGAUGCAGAUGUAUUUCUGUGUGUUCAGACAGAAUGUGAAGUUAGAUGUGAGUUCGCCCGCGCAGCACGAAUUGAGGUGAAGACAUUUGGUGCAUUUUUAAAUUUUUCUUAAGCAACAAAAUCUGACUUAUUUUGGGUAGUGUUGUCACAAAACUGGAAUUUCUAAUACCUUAAAAAAUACUGAUAUUCAAUACCAUUUUUCAAUACUACAGGGAAAAAUGACAUCAAAGGCAUACGAUUGUUUUUAUUAAAUUAUAAAUAUAAUAAGGCUUGAACAUAACAUCCACUUUCCUCUCUUUAUGAGCAGCAGAAAACAGCACGAUGACUGUAGUAAACAGUAAAUAAAAGAGAAAGAAAGUGCAUCUGCUACAGCUUUAUCAAUGCUGUGGAGUAUUUUAACCAUUUCAGAUAUUCUGUAUUGAUAUUUAUGACAACACUAAUUCUGGGCUUUUAUGAAAUGUAAAGAGGAAAGAGGAGGGAGACUGGACAGAAAUAACAAUAGAAAAAGAAGCAACUGGUCAGUGGUGGAAAAUACUCCUCUUUAUUUAUAGCACCUUUCAUACUCACAUGCAGCCUAAAGUAUUUCACAUAGCAAAAAAACCCAAAAAUAAACAAUAAAUACAAUUUUGUAAGACUAAAAACUACAAUAUUAAAAC